GCCUAUAAUACUUAUCAGCCAUACUUAUCAUGGUCUAAAAUCGUUAUAACAGCUAUUUAAUAUGACGCAUAUCCCAUCUUUUCGCAUGAAGCAAUGGGCUAUUUUAAUGGGCUUGACUAUUGAAGACAUGGAUAAUGCCUUCGGGGUUGUGUAGGAGAUGUAUCGAAGAUGAAAGAGUAGCUAGAGGCAGGGCUUGAUUCUGUAGACAUUACGAUGCUCACUGCGUCAGCACCUCUCGAUUCAUCUUCUCAACUUCCCUUAGAGGAUCAGGACUCCUGGCCAACCUCCUCAAACGUGCUAAAGACGCUGAGAAGAGUGACCGUCUCUGCAGAAAAGGGUUACCUUGUCUAUAUAAGUUAUUCAGGGCAUGGUGUGCCUGAAAAACGCAGCGGUAAAUCUGCUAAUCAGUCGGGAGACUUGGCCCUAGUUCUCUUCCAGAAUAACGAGCAUAGCACAAGCUACUUCGAAGGAGAUACUCGGGCUUACUGUUUAGAGAGGAUGAACAAGCAAGGACUCCUUGUCACCAUCGUCCUUGACUACCACUUCUCGGGAAGUAUCUUGAGAACUGGCGCCGUUCGAGGCGUAGGUAUUCGGUCUGUCGAUUAUGUCGAAGCCACCACUCCGCCAGAUCAUCAAGAACACUUCGGUUCUCACGAUAAAAACUGUUCUCUUUGCAUCUACACAUUAUCAGACGACUGGCUAUACGAUCCUAUCGGUUUGUGACCCUAAUGAAGUUGCACACGAGCUCGAGCAAAUUAUUACAUCCCUCUUGUAUAGAAAACCUGUACUACUUAUAAUACAAGCACCUCAACCAAUAGCUGGAACUAAGAAAAGAUACGAAUGCUGUUAGGAAACCCUGAAAAUAGCUAUCAACUUGUGUAACUUGUG